AUGACUAUGAUGUUUGAUAACAGAAACCAGACAUUUCUCACCACAUUCUUCCUGCUUGGUUUCUCAGAAGACACAAUGUUCCAGGUUCCCCUCUUUUUCCUGUUCUUGACAAUCUAUGUUAUUGCUUUAAUGGGGAACCUGGGUAUAAUUGUGGUCAGAAAGAUCAACCCCAAACUUCACACACCCAUGUACUUUUUUCUCAGCCAUCUUUCAUUUCUGGAUAUUUGUUAUUCAAGUGUAUUUACACCCAAACUGUUGGAAAUCCUGAUAGCAGAGGACAAAACUAUCUCUUUCAGAGGAUGCAUGGCCCAGUUUUUCUUUGGCUGUGCAUGUGUGAUUACAGAGAUGUUCAUGUUGGCGGUGAUGGCCUAUGACAGGUUUGUGGCUGUUUGCAACCCCCUGCUCUACACUGUGGCUAUGUCUCAUAAACUCUGUGCAUUCUUAGUAGCUGGUACUUAUAUGUGGGGUGGACUUGGUUCCUUCACACUCACUUACACUCUUUUGAAACUCUCCUACUGUGGACCUGGCAUCAUCAAUCACUUUGGCUGUGAGUACUCUGCCAUCCUCUCUGUUUCCUGCUCUGACACCUCCCUCAGCCAGUUAGCAUGUUUCAUUGUUUCUGUACUGAGUGAGGCCUGCAGUCUUCUCAUCAUCCUGGCUUCCUAUGUUAUCAUAGUUGUCACAAUCAUCAAGAUGCCUUCUAAGGGUGGACUCCGAAAAGCCUUCUCAACCUGUGCCUCCCACCUGACUGCCAUCAGCAUCUUCCAUGGUGUUGUCCUUCUUCUCUACUGUAUUCCCAACUCCAAAAACUCCUGGCUGUUGGUCAAAGUAGCUACUGUGCUUUUUACAGUGGUAAUACCCAUGUUGAACCCCCUCAUCUACAGCCUUAGGAACAAGGAUGUGAAGGAAACAGUCAGGAGGCUCAUCAGUUCCAAACUACACUCUCACUCAAUAUAG